AUGGACGCUUCACACUCCAGUCCAGUGGGUGGCGGUAAGACACAUGCGUGUGUUUGCCAACCACCAUUAAACCUCAGAGGAAGAAGAUUAGUUUUCAGUAUGAUCUCUGGUGUUAUGUUGUGAUACUGACUCAAUACGAACUGUUAGAAAUGUACUUUUAGUUUAGAAAGAUACAUGUUGAAUCAGGUCAAUAUUAAAUCAUCCUCACAGACGGUAGUAAGGUUUGAAGCAAGCAGGAAUAUCUGGAGGAGUAUCAACUGAACUGAGAUCUGCUGCUGUGAAGAUGGUGUUUGUUAAAGAGGAGAGUGAGGAGGACAUGAGUGAACCAGAACCCUGGAGAACAAAACAGGAGGAACAAGGAGGUCUGAUGGAAGUGAAAGAGGAAAGAGAAGAUCUGAAUGAAGUGGAGGAGAAAUAUCAGCUUCAGGAAGCUCAUGAUGACUCCGCUGAAGAAAACCUAUUGAGUUGCUCCAAAACUGAAAACAGUUGCUCACAAAGCAGCAUUCAAAUAACAGAAGUCACAAGACCUUUCACGUGUUCUCAGUGUGAAAAGACUUUUAAACAUAAAAGAAGCCUUAAGACUCACAUGAUAAUUCACACAGAAAAAAAUCCUUUCACCUGCUCUCAGUGUGGAAAGAGUUUUACAAAGAAAUCACACCUUAAUGAUCAUUUGUUAAUUCACACUUCAGAAAAGCCUUUCGCCUGCCCUCAGUGUGGAAAAACUUUCACACUUAAAAGAAACCUUAAGACUCACAUAUUGAUACAUGUUGCAAAAAAGCAUUUCACCUGCUCUCAGUGUGGAAAGAGCUUUACAUGUAAAAGACAACUUAAUGAUCACUUGGUAACUCACACUUCAGGAAAAUCUUCCAUCUGCCCUCAGUGUGGAAAGAGUUUCAAACAUAAAAUAAACCUUAAGAAUCACAUGUUGAUACACGUUGGAAAAAAGCCUUUCACCUGCUCCCAGUGUGGAAAGAGUUUUACACAGAAAGGACAACUUAAAGAUCAUUUGGUAAUACACACUUCAGAAAAGCCUUUCACCUGCCCUCAGUGUGGAAAAACUUUCACACGUAAAGGAAGCCUUAAGACUCACAUAUUGAUACAUACUGGAAAAAGGCCUUUCACCUGCUCUCAAUGUGAAAAGAGUUUUACAUGUAAAAGACAACUUAAUGAUCAUUUGGUAUCUCACACUUCAGAAAAGCCUUUCAGUUGCUCUCAAUGUGGAAACACUUUCACACUUAAAGAAAACCUUAAGAAGCACAUGUUAAUACAUGCCGGAAUAAAGCCUUUCAUCUGCUCUCAGUGUGGAAGGAGCUUUACACAGAAAGCACACCUUAUGGAUCAUUUGUUAACUCAUACAUCAGAAAAGCCUUUCGCCUGCCCUCAGUGUGGAAAAUCUUUCACACGUAAAGAGAAUCUUAAGACUCACAUGUUAAUUCAUACUGGAAAAAAGCCUUUCACCUGCUCUCAAUGUGGAAAGAGUUUUACACAGAAAGCUCACCUUAAUGUUCAUUUGGUAACUCACACUUCAGAAAAGCCUUUCGUCUGCUCUCAGUGUGGAAAGUCUUUUAGAUGUAAAAGAAGCCUGAAGAAGCACAUGUUGAUUCAUUCAAGAGCUGGUAGAGCUCGAAAAGGAGAAGCUGUAAGUGCUGAAGGGGAUCGAGCAGAGUUUACAAGAGGCCAACAACCUCGCCCGGGCUACGCUGGAGGUGAAGAAGGUGAAGCUUCAGAUACUGGAGAAACACUAUGCUUUGUCAGAAGCACAAUUUCAAAGACCAACCACCUCCGUGCCAAUCAUAAUGCCAGGUCAAGAGGUUUGAAGCGAGCAGGAAUAUCUGGAGGAGUAUCAACUGAACUGAGAUCUGCUGCUGUGAAGAUGGUGUUUGUUAAAGAGGAGAGUGAGGAGGACAUGAGUGAACCAGAACCCUGGAGAAUAAAACACGAGGAACAAGGAGGCCUGAUGAAAGUGAAAGAGGAAAGAGAAGAUCUGAAUGAAGUGGAGGAGAAAUAUCAGCUUCAGAAAGCUCAUGAUGACACCGCUGAAGAAAACCCAUUGAGUUGCUCCAAAACUGAAAACAGUUGCUCACAAAGCAGCAUUCAGAUAACAGAAGUCACACAACCUUUUACAUGCUUUCAGUGUGGAAAGACUUUUAAACAUAAAAGAAGCCUUAAGAUUCACAUGAUAAUUCACACAGGAAAAAAUCCUUUCACCUGCUCUCAAUGUGGAAAGAGUUUUACAGGUAAAAGACAACUUGAUGAUCAUUUGGUAUCUCACACUUCAGAAAAGUCUUUUGCCUGCUCUCAUUGUGGAAACACUUUCACACGUAAAGGAAGCCUUAAGAAGCACAUGUUAAUUCAUGCCGGAAUAAAGCCUUUCACCUGUUCUCAGUGUGGAAGAAGCUUUACACAGAAAGGACACCUUAAGGAUCAUUUGUUAAUUCAUACAUCAGAAAAGCCUUUCACCUGCCCUCAGUGUGGAAAAACUUUCACACAUAAAGGAAACCUUAAGACUCACAUGUCAAUUCAUACUGGGAAAAGACCUUUUACCUGCUCCCAGUGUGGAAAGAGUUUUGCACUGAAAGCAAGCCUUAAUGUCCAUUUGGGAACUCACAGUUCAGAAAAGCCUUUUAUCUGCUCUCAGUGUGGAAAAACUUUCAAACAUAAAGUAAGCCUUAAGACUCACAUAUUGAUACAUACUGGAAAAAGGCCUUUCACCUGCUCUCAAUGUGAAAAGAGUUUUACAUGUAAAAGACAACUUAAGGAUCAUUUGGUAUCUCACACUUCAGAAAAGCCUUUCAGCUGCUCUCAGUGUGGAAACACUUUCACACGUAAAGGAAACCUUAAGACUCACAUGGUAAUUCAUACUGGAAAAAAGCCUUUCAGCUGCUCUCAGUGUGGAAAGAGUUUUGCACUGAAAACAAGCCUUAAUGUCCAUUUGGGAACUCACAGUUCAGAAAAGCCUUUCACCUGCUCUCAGUGUGGAAAAACUUUCAAACAAAAAGUAAGCCUUAAGACUCACAUAUUGAUACAUACUGGAAAAAGACCUUUCGCCUGCUCUCAAUGUGAAAAGAGUUUUACAUGUAAAAGACAACUUAAGGAUCAUUUGGUAUCUCACACUUCAGAAAAGCCUUUCACCUGCCCUCAGUGUGGAAACACUUUCACACGUAAAGAAAACCUUAAGUAUCACAUUGUUACAUAUCAUUUGUUAAUUAACACUUCAGAAAAUCCGUUUACUUGUUCUCAGUGUGGAAACACUUUCACAUGUAACAGAAGCCUGAAGAGGCACAUGUUGAUUCAUAUGUGAAAAAGGCCUUUUACCUGGACUCAGUGUGGAAACACUUUCACAUAUAAAGGAAGAGAAUUUUACCUGCUCUUAGUGUGGAAAGACAAGAGAAUUCACACUGAAGAGAUGCCUUACACACAUCAUUCAUGUGAGAAGAGUUUUAAAUGGAUCACAAGUCUCAGAUCUCAUCUACACUAUUCUCACUGGAAAAAGGCAAUUUAAAGGAGCAGUAAGCAAUUUCUGAGAAACGCUGUUAGGGCUGUGUGAUGGAUAAUAUGAGAAUCACGAUUUUUUUUGUUUGUUUUUUGUUUCAAAUAGAGAUCAUGAUUCUCCCAUGACUCUGAAUAUACAACCAAACAAAAUAAUGUGUAAUUUACUAAAGAUAAAAAUAUUAAUUGCUGGAAGAUGUUUGAAUGAAUUAAUUAAAGAUGGUUUGAAUGAA